AUGAGAGCAGGUUUAUUACAAAAGUCAAACAUACUCGAGUUAAAACUUUCGUGGAGGGUUGGAAAUAGAGAAGGUGAAAACAAUGAUGAGAGUGUGUUGGGCGGCCUCCAACCCCACCCGAAUUUGAAAACCUUACAGAUUUCCGGAUUCAAAGGAAAAAGUUUCCCGUCAUGGUUUUCAAAGAUGUCGGGGCUUAAUAAUCUGACGGAGAUAAGAAUUGAAAGAUGCAAAGAAUGUGAACAAGUUCCAACGCUAGGGCACUUGCCACAUCUCAAGAAUCUUUAUCUUGUCCGGCUGGAGAACGUGAAAUCCAUAGGUUCGUCAUUCUACGGAAGUAGAUCCAGUAAUACACGUAUCGCUGUAUUUCCCGCACUUGAAAGGCUCGAGUUGUUGAAUAUGUCGAAGCUGACAGAUUGGUUAGAAGCAGAGCUUAUGCCAAAUAUAGAGCUUAUGCCAAAUAUUGCAACUGAGAAUCGACGAGUAUCUCAAGAACUAGUUGUGGCCGCAUUUCCUUGUCUCGAGUACUUGAAGAUUAAAGAUUGCAGGCAAUUGACGAGUGCUCCAAGUCAUUUUCCAUGCCUUAAAGAAUUACAUAUUUUUCAAGUGGACAGUGGAUUGCCUUUGGCGAGUAUAUGUGGGAUCAAAUUAAAUUCUCUUGAAAGACUCACAAUUGAUGGAGUUGAAGGAUUGAAGUGUCUCCCAGAUUGGUUAUUCCGUAACAAUCAAAAUCUCUCGAAGUUGAAGAUAUGUGAUUGCCCUAACUUAGUGCAUCUAGUUCCGUGCUUGGAAGGUGGAAGAACUGCUCUUAGAGAGUUGUGGGUAUCUUAUUGUUCGAAACUGAGAGAAUUACCGGAUGACCUGCACGCCCUCAGUGCUCUUGAGAUAUUGAGUAUUUCCAGUUGCCCAAAUCUGAAGUCAAUACCAUAUCCACACGAAACACAUAAUGAUGAUGAUGGUGAGCAAUUAUUAUCAGGCUUGAGUUGCCUCCGUCGAUUGAGUAUUACUUACUGCAGAGGGUUGACCGAUUUUGCAAUUGAAAAUAUGAUCGAGUCGUGUGCGCCGUCCCUCGAGAAGUUGGAAUUGUUUGAAUUGACAAGUUUAAAGAUGAAUACGGGAAUGUUGGUUGGGAGCUUGCAGGAAAUGCCUCGUCUCUCGAGGUGGAAAAUUGGUGAUGUCGAGAUGAAGAUGACCUCUAAACAAUGGACGGUUUAUGGGCUUACUCAUGAUACGUACUCAAUGACAGUUGUUGGUGCCAUAAUGAAAGCGUCAUCAACCAAAUCUCUUUGUAGAUUAGAAUUGCACGGGACGAAACAUAGUGGGGGUUUACCGGAUCAGCUUCAACAUCACACCGGUGUUUUUGAGCUACGUUUAUGGGGUUUCGGAGAGAUAGAAGAAUUGCCCGAAUGUCUAUUUGGGAACAACAACACCUUUUCGGUGUUAUAUAUACAAAGCUGCAAGAAGUUGCACCGACUGGCGUCUAAAGAAGCCAUGCUACGUCUCACCAACUUAACUCAUUUAUUCAUCGACAAUUGUCGGUUGUUAAAUCUAAAUACGAAACGAGGUGGAGAUUCUGAGUGGCACAAGAUUUCCCAUAUACCCAGAGUCACAGUGGAUGGGCGUAGAAUUCGAACUAAUGCUCGGGGAAAGAAGUCAUGA